GAGGAACGCGCAGGUCCUUCCGGUGGUCGACUUGCUCCAGGGCCCUGGUGCCUGGAGGCGCCUAUUUCUGCAGCGUCCACUUGUGCAGCGUCUGGUUGCCGUAGCCAUGGCUGCAGGCUCGGCGCAGAGUGCUCACUCGGUCCUGGCUCCUGGAACUGCAGGGGCGGAAGCUGAGAUGACAGGCACAUGGUACCACAUCCCAGCUUUUUCCUUUGACAUGGGGUCUGAUGAAGUUUUUUGUUCUGGCUGGCCAAGAACUGUGAUCUUCCCUGUAUCAGCCUCCCACGAAGUUGGGAUGACAGGCGAACAUGUCAAACCUUUUACGCCAGAGAAAGCAAAAGAAAUUAUAAUGUGCCUGCAGCAACCUGCAAUCUUCUGUAACAUGGUUUUUAAUUGGCCAGCACGACACUGGACUGCUAAACACCUUUCUGAGGUGCUUCAUGGCAAGCAGAUACGAUUCAGAAUGGGACUGAAAAGCAUAGACACAGUUCCUCAGUUUGAAACUGCAUGUAGUUAUGUGGAUGCUACACUUGAAGAGUUUCUGACCUGGAACUGUGACCAACACAGUAGUUCUGGACCGUUUAGAGAUUAUGAUCAUUCCAAAUUCUGGGCUUAUGCUGACUAUAAAUAUUUUAUCAGUCUAUUUGAAGAUAGGACAGAUAUUUUCCAGGGUGUAAUAUGGUCUGACUUCGGGUUUCCUGGAAGAAAUGGACAGGAAAGUACAUUGUGGAUUGGCUCCUUGGGAGCCCAUACCCCCUGUCAUCUGGACUCCUAUGGUUGCAACUUAGUAUUCCAGGUACAAGGAAGGAAAAGAUGGCAUCUCUUUCCUCCCGAAGAUACACCUUUUCUUUAUCCGACAAGAAUCCCGUAUGAAGAAUCUAGUGUGUUCAGUAAAAUCAAUGUUGUCAAUCCUGAUUUAAAGCAUUUUCCUCAGUUCCAGAAAGCUCAAAGACAUACAGUCACACUGAACCCAGGACAGGUUCUGUUUGUUCCCAGACACUGGUGGCAUUAUGUAGAAUCUAUUGAUCCUGUCACCAUCAGUAUAAACUCAUGGAUUGAGCUGGAAGAGGACCACCUAGCCCGGGUGGAAGAAGCAAUCACCCGAAUGCUUGUGUGUGCACUGAAAACUGCAGAGGAUCCACAGAAUACUAGAGCUUGGUUAAAUCCCACUGAGGUUGAGGAAACAUCCCAUGAAGUUAAUUGUCACUACUUAAAUAGAGCUGUAGCUGCCUUUUUUGAUCAUUAUAGAACAUCCAAAGUAGUAGAAAUUCAAGGGCUGAAUGAAAGUGGGGAGAACAUGAAAAAGGAACAGUUAAAUGUGAGCAGCCACAUGGCAGUGGAACAAACACUUCACCAGAACUUAGCCAUGGGAACCAUAAAACAAGAGGCAACAAGUUCCUUUGGCCCUGAUCUGAUCCUUAUAACACCAACAUCUGAAGGACCCCAUUCAGAAAGAAGAGGCAUAUUUGAAAGUAAUGGCAAAGAAUUUGUUCACAAAGAUGGAGAACACUUCACAAAAUUGUACUAUGCCAGGGGACGACAAAUGACAAGUAAAAGUGAAAAGGCAAUGGUGCAACAGACUGCUUCAAAGAGUACUACAGUCCCUCCUCAGGCAUUUGUUUCUACAGAUGACUUGCUGGACUGCAUGGUGAAUCCACAAGUAACCAGAAUGGUGGCACAACUUUUGAUACAAGGAAAAAGCUUGUGAUUCUAAUAGAAGAUGACUUCUUAAAUGAUAUUGAAGAAAAUACUAUGUUUUGUUUUUGUUUUUUUUUGUAUUUUACUGUUUUCAGAAGGGUCUUGCCAUUUAACCCAGGCUAACUUUGGACUCAUGGUCCUCCUGCCUUAGGCUUCUGAGUACUGGGAUUACAAGUAUGCAUCACUAAGCCUGGCUCUAAAUAGUACAAUUUUAAAAGAAAACAUGAAACAGCAAAAGGUCAGUUUACACAUGUUCAUAACGGUAUAGACUUUUACCUAAUUAAAAUUUAGUCUAUAGCUACCUUUUCCAGGCACAUUGGCUCCUUUUAUUUGUAGGUCUUCUUUUCUCUCAAUUCCUUUGCCUUUCUUCCUUUAGCCUGUCUUCCUUUAGCCUGUCUUAACUGCAAACUCCAAGUGUUCCCAGCAGAAAGCAAUCUCCAUCAGCUUCAACCUGGGACCAAUCUGCUUCUUGUUUUUGUAAAUAAAGUUUAUUGAAGUUUAUACUAUUCAUUUCAUACUGCCUAUGGUAGCUUUAGUGCCAGAGUCGAAUAGUCACACAGACUGUAAGGCCUAGAAUGCCAAAAAUAUUCACUGUCCCUUCACAUAAAGAGAGGACUAGAACAGAGCACUGGCAGGUUGGGUAAGUCCCUCCACCCCUCACCACAGGAUUUUGUAUUCUGAGCACAUCUACAGUUAUUCCUAAGAACUGGGUUGGUCCAAACCACCCGGAAAACAGUCCUUCACUGAUUUUGUAGAAAUAGAAGUGACAAUGAAGGCUGCAGGAGGUCCUGGCUGUCUGCUCCAACAAGGGGUGGUUAGUGUGAGAACAAGACAGUGAAGGGGAGGCUGUUGGUCACCACCUCAGCUGGUUCCUAUUUCAUCCUGCAUCUCACCAGUGAGCAUGUUUAAGUGGUAAAUGAAUGCAUUGACCCUCCAGAGGUCAAAGGCAUUAAAGAAUACAAGCUCAACCAGGCGCCUAAUGUCACAGUGUCAACGUGGCAGUCAGCAGAGUUGCCAUACCCAUUUAGUUCAGUAGGCACAAUGGCUAGGACCCAUGAAACUUUCAGGGAUUCCCCAAAAUGUUUUAAAAUCAGAAAAAGGAAUAUUAUUCAGCCUAAUUCACAUUCAUGUUUGUAUAAAUGUUGUAAAGCUUAAUUUUUAUUAUUGUUCAAGCACUAAGUGGCCCACAAAGGCAGAAGUGCCUGGGGCCAGUGAACAUCUUGGGAGACUUUGGGUGUCCGGGCCAUCAGAAUUAUUUGAGACAUUUACUGAAGUACAGAUUCCUGGGUACCACCUGUGCUGCAGAUUCUGCUUCUCUUGGGAUGGGCCAGAGCUGGCAGUUUCAGCAAACACCUCAGAUGAGUCAAAUGCUGAAAAAGUUCAAGAAUCUGUCUCUGUAGUUGAUCAAUUAACCCAAUUUUGGAUCAAGUCCCAUAAUUUCUAACUGCAUAUUUGUAUUCUACAGAGCUCUAACACUGCUAUAUUUAAUUGAGGCUUUUAAUCAGUAGUGGUCAGUAUUUAUCAUUAAAUCCCGUUUUUGCCCUUUAGGAGAAAGAUGUUUUUACCAAGUGACAUAUGUCAAGCAAUUUUAUUGGAAAAGGAGGAAAAUAACAUUUAACAUUUAUUUAAACUGAGGAUAACUG